AAGAAGUUUUAUGACCUGCGCAUUUAAUCUUUAUUUGGAGAUGAUUUUCUUUCCCAUUUGCUAAUCAGUUGUUGAUAGUUAUUAAUGUUACAUUCCUGUUGGCUAGGAUUUUUGAAAUGCUAAACUGACCCAAAGGAUUCAAGUGAUGCAGACAAGAAUAAUUUGGCGGUAGUAUUACCGUUUAUCAUUGAAUUGGACAUUAAUAUGGAUUUAUAAAUAUAAAUGAUGGAUACUGCAAGUAUUUACAAAGGUAUAGGUGAAGUUGAUCUAGGAGAGGAAACUAUUCGGUUACAGGAAGAAAACAAUAAAUUAUUAGAACAUAUAAGAAAAUUAGAAGACGAUGUGGAGAGGCUUUGUCAAGAAAUACUUAAAAUGAAAAAGGAUAAAGAUGCCCUGUCUAAAAAUAUUUCUGAAUUAUUUAAUACUGCAAAGAGAGAAAUUGACAGAAAAAAUGAAACUAUUAAUCAACUCAGAGAACAACUAGAUGACAUUUAUUUUAGAAGGAACAGAGCUCCUUAUAAUGGUUCGUCGGAAAUUAGACGUGAAUUUAACAAAAACAUCGGCAUUAACGAAGCAAAAUAUGAAACACAUGUAGACAAAAGAAGUGAUUCAAAAUCACCUCACCAUUCUCAGAAAGAAAAGACUAAAUCAAAAACACCUGUAAGACAAAGAAGCAGAUCAUCUUCUUCUUCUAAAAAUUGUCAUAACAUGAAGCACAGUAAAAGAGACUACUAUAAGAUAAGGUCCCCAAAGAGACGUCGAAGUAGAUCAAGAUCUCAACAUAGGUUUAAAAGAAGAAGAAGUCCAUCUCCUGGUAAUCAUCGUGAAAGUGGGCAAAGAAGAAGUCCUUUUCAACGACGCAGAAGUAGGUCAAGGGAGUACCAUUCAAGGAGAUACAAGAGAGAAGAACACCAUUCACUGAAUUCCAUAUACAGGAAAAAAAAACAAAAUAUAAAAAAUUCUAAUUGUAGAACUGGUAGUAGCGAAGUACAUCAAGAAAUAAUUCAUAAUCAUUUGAUAAAAGACACAGAAAUAAAUAGUUCUAAAAACAAGCACUACCUUGUUCAGGAAUUUGAAAAGUUGUAUAAUGAAGACAAUGACACAGAAACUGAUCCUUCUCUAUUAACUGACAAGGCACUUUCAAAGUGUGCUCCACAUGAUCAAAAUAGAAAUGAUGUUGAUGACAAGGCACAUUCAGUAUUGGCAGAAAUAUAUAAGAAGAGUGAAUCUUUGAUUUCUGAUGGAAAUUUUGAAGUAGUAGAAAACACAUUCAAAACUUUGAAAAAAGACUGUGACAGUGACAAGAACUGUUUAGAAACUCCUCAGAUUAUUAGAGGAAUAAUUACUGAAGACUCUGUAUUAGUAAAGGUAAAAGACACCGGCUCCAAUGACACUAAUACAUCUGAAUGUAACAUGCAAAAUGGUAAUAGUUCCAAUGUAGAAAUUUUAAAAAAUACAGAAAAUAAAGAUUGUAACACUUCCAUAACAGCAUUACAAGCAACUCAACAAAAUGUAGGUCGAAAGAGAAGAAGAUGUGUCUUAAAGAUUAAAGAAUAAACUUUAUUUUAAACUCUAAGUUUUGUUUCUGUUUCAGGUCUAAACCUAUAUUAUUAUUGUUAGAUUAAUUAAAAUAUGUUUAAUGUCGACUCUUGUAUAUUAUUACA